GGAGCGACGGCACUACGUCCAUCUCUUCCCAACCCUGCCCCCUUUACCCCCUCCCUCCAGGCCCCCCUAUCCCCGCUUUCCCUAAAGUGAGUGAGACGGGCAGAUGGAGGAGGGAGUGUAAUGGCGGCGGCCGGCAGCUCCCUGCUCUGACCCACGGCAGACACACAGCAACUAUACCCUCCCCGCCCCAAUCACAGCUGGCCUCCGCCCCGCCGCCGGAGCGGGGCCAUCCUCCCCGGCCCUUCCCUCAGCUGUCGGCGUCUUGCCCUGCGCCCCGGCCGGGGCCCCACACACAAUGGACGAGCUCGCCGGAGGCAGUGGUGGCGGCCCGGGGAUGGCGGCCCCUCCACGCCAACAGCAGGGACCUGGGGGAAAUAUGAGCCUUUCACCAGGGGGCAAUGGAGCGGCAGGCAGCGCGGGUCCUCCUGCCGCCGAGGGAGCGGGUCCAGCGGCAGGCCCCGAGCUGUCCCGGCCGCAACAGUACACUAUCCCAGGGAUCCUGCACUACAUCCAGCACGAGUGGGCUCGGUUCGAGAUGGAACGGGCGCACUGGGAGGUGGAGCGAGCCGAACUGCAGGCCCGAAUAGCAUUUUUGCAAGGAGAAAGAAAAGGUCAAGAAAACUUGAAGAAGGAUUUAGUAAGAAGAAUAAAGAUGUUAGAGUAUGCAUUAAAACAAGAGAGGGCAAAAUAUCACAAAUUAAAAUACGGCACCGAACUGAACCAAGGUGAUUUGAAAAUGCCAACCUUUGAAUCAGAAGAAACCAAAGACACAGAAGCCCCCACAGCGCCUCAGAACAGCCAGUUAACAUGGAAGCAAGGCAGACAGCUGUUAAGACAAUAUCUUCAGGAAGUAGGUUACACAGAUACCAUAUUAGACGUACGGUCUCAGCGGGUAAGAUCUUUACUGGGAUUGUCCAAUUCAGAACCAAAUGGAUCAGUAGAAACAAAGAAUUUAGAACAGAUCCUGAAUGGAGGGGAAUCUCCUAAGCAAAAAGGACAAGAAAUCAAGAGGCCUUCCGGUGAUGUUCUUGAGACAUUCAAUUUCUUAGAAAAUGCUGAUGACAGUGAUGAAGAAGAGGAAAAUGACAUGAUUGAAGGCAUUCCAGAAGGAAAAGACAAACAUCGGAUGAAUAAACACAAAAUAGGUAAUGAAGGUUUAGCCGCUGACCUGACUGAUGAUCCUGACACUGAGGAAGCGCUGAAAGAAUUUGAUUUUUUAGUGACUGCUGAAGAUGGUGAAGGAGCUGGAGAAGCAAGGAGUUCAGGGGAUGGCACAGAAUGGGAUAAAGAUGACCUCUCCCCAACUACUGAGGUUUGGGAUGUAGACCAGGGGCUAAUAAGUAAACUGAAGGAACAGUACAAGAAGGAACGAAAGGGGAAGAAAGGGGUGAAGACUGAACCAAUAACGUUUCCAUCUGGAGGAGGCAAAUCAUUUAUUAUGGGUUCUGAUGAUGUUUUGUUAAGUGUACUGGGCCUUGGAGACCUUGCAGACUUGACGGUAACAAAUGAUGCAGACUAUAGUUAUGAUUUGCCUGCCAAUAAAGAUGCCUUUCGAAAGACGUGGAACCCCAAGUAUACACUACGUAGCCAUUUUGAUGGGGUCCGGGCACUAGCUUUUCAUCCUGUAGAACCUGUGCUGGUUACUGCCUCUGAGGACCAUACUCUGAAACUUUGGAACUUGCAAAAAACAGUUCCUGCCAAAAAGAGUGCCUCUUUAGAUGUGGAGCCUAUCUAUACAUUCAGGGCCCACAGUGGUCCUGUUCUAUCAUUAGCUAUUAGUUCUAAUGGAGAACAGUGUUUUAGUGGUGGUAUUGAUGCAACCAUCCAAUGGUGGAAUAUGCCUAGCCCUAAUGUGGAUCCAUAUGAUACAUAUGAGCCAAAUGUUCUAGCUGGCACUUUAGUUGCUCAUACAGAUGCUGUCUGGGGUCUUGCUUAUAGUGGCAUAAAAAAUCAGUUACUGUCUUGUUCAGCAGAUGGCACUGUUAGGUUAUGGAAUCCACAAGAAAAAUUGCCAUGUAUUUGCACUUACAAUGGAAACAAGGAGCAUGGAAUACCUACAUCGGUUGACUUUAUAGGGUGUGAUCCAGCUCAUAUGGUGACCUCUUUCAACACUGGUAGUACAGUAAUUUAUGAUUUAGAAACAUCACAGUCAUUGGUGAUGCUUUCAUCACAGAUGGAUUCUGAUUUACAAUCCAGUAAUCACAUUAAUAGAGUAGUAAGUCAUCCCACGCUUCCUGUUACAAUAACUGCUCAUGAAGAUAGACACAUCAAGUUUUUUGAUAAUAAAACGGGUAAAAUGAUCCAUUCUAUGGUAGCUCAUUUGGAUGCUGUUACAAGUCUAGCAGUAGAUCCUAAUGGAAUCUAUUUGAUGUCUGGAAGCCAUGACUGUUCUAUUAGGUUGUGGAAUUUGGACAGCAAGACAUGUGUUCAAGAAAUAACAGCGCACAGAAAGAAAUUAGAUGAAUCAAUAUAUGACGUUGCUUUCCAUCCAUCAAAAGCAUAUAUUGCUAGUGCAGGGGCUGAUGCCCUUGCCAAAGUGUUUGUGUGAAUCAGCAGAAACUCGCAUCAUAACAACAGAUUCGCUUGGACAGAAAGAGGGUCUGCAUCACUGCCAUCAAGAAAGGUUACUGAUAAGACACUACAUGUGGUCUGCCUGGUGAAGGCUAUUUGGGGCAGGCAUAGUUGGUGGAAGUCACAUCUUACUGUCAGGUUCAUUAAUUUAAUUGUAAUUACUGUAUUUUGUGGGACAAAAAAAAGGGACUCCAGUAUUUGUGGCCUGUACUGGAUACAAACUGAGCAUAUGUCUGUUUUCUAGUUAUCUUUAAGCCAAUGUGGAGUCUGACCUUACAAAAGGACUUUUAUUUUGGACUCUGUGUGCUGCCUUAGGGUUAGGAAUGUGGUGCUCUAGUUCGGGGGAAGUGAGCUCCAAGAGUAGUUUUUUUUUCAUCUCUUAGUGAUCUUCUGUUAAUCAGUUGAAUGCCACAGAUUCCCUUUUAAACUUAUUUUGCUUUAAAAAAGAAGAAGAAAAUUUAACUUAAAAUAUUUUAGCAUUAGUUGCACAAAAUGUUUGGAUAAAAUUCUAGUUUUUAUAAGUCUUUUUAUAUAUUUAGCCUGUCACAACAGUGCUCAAGAUUGUACUGAAGUUUUUCUGCAGUAUAAACCCUAAAACAGAUCUCACUGACCCGCUGCCGUGUAACCACUCUUUCUUUUGCCUAAUACAGCUCAGCUAAGUCCUUCCAUAGAUGCUAAUCACCUUCUUCAUCACAUAAUUGUCUUCAUAAACCAAGGACUAUUAAGUGUAUUAAAGUGAAACAGUGGGGUUUAGCACUCCAAUGAACUCUUAAAAAUUUUAAAAACUAACUAAUCUUGGCAUCCUAUCACUAUGUGAUAUUUUGUACAUCUUACUGUAUUUACAAGUUUAUUUAUCAAGGAUUAUCCAUCUUGCUAAUAGCUUAUUAUUUAUUUCACUUUUUGUUGCUCUUUAUAUCCUUUUAUUAAUGUGCUAAAGGAACCUGUAUAUCUAUUUUGGAACUCUUUGAAUAGUCUAAAAUAGACUAAAAAUGGAAUAUUUUAUAGUUGAAGUUACAUACAAGGCGAUUCCCCAGAUACAUAUCUUGGUUCACCAUGAUUCCAAACAAAAUUAUUUUGUUCAAAAAUAUGUGGAAAAUAAUCUUGGAAAUUUUUAUUUGCAUUACAAAUGGGAUACAAAAUUAUUGAAUCAGGAUGCAGAAAUUUGCUGUUUGGACUAGCUAUCCCCAUUUUAUUUUUUUCAGAUGUGCUUAAUUUUUUCAGAUGUGCUUAAUUUUAUGGUGUAACUAAAGAUUUUGUUUGUGUAAUGCAUGAUUAAGACAAUAAAAUAUUUUUUCUAGUCUUCCAAAAAACUUUUCUGAUCAGUUAGAGAGUUUUGAUGAGUUUUGUAACAAGGUUUUUGUUUUACAAACUAUGAAUCAGCAAAUUUUUAAGAUUGUACCACAUAGCAAAAAUACAGCUGUUGAAAAAUAAUGUAUAUAAAAUGCAUAUAAUAAAUAUUAAAUUGUGUACCUGUA